AGAAGUUGUGCUGCUGUUUUCUUAAGGUUCUUUGAGAGGCUGAAUCUCUGGUAUUUCCGACAGACACCGAGGACUCGUUCACCAACAAACCUCCAAACAAUGGAAGAGAAGGAAGCGGCUCUUUCCUCCCACAGACGCAUUUCCUUCACUUUACUGCAGCCGAGUGAAGCUGCAGGACGCUGAAGAUGGACGCCGUGGUUCUGCUGCUUCUGCUGCUCCGGUCCAGCUCUGCUUUCCUCGUCUCUCCAACCACCAACAUGUGUUUGAUCCCCCUGGAUGACCUCAUCAUCCUGGGACGCUGUGAUGUCACUGACCCUGCCCACCACUGGGCGUGGUCAAGUGCAGCCAGGUUAGUCCACACGCAGUCCUCCAGGUGUCUGUGGGCGGAGCCUGGCUCUCACCUGCAGCUGCAGGCCUGCACGGCGUCGCCGAUGUGGACCUGCUCUGGAUCGGACGGAGCGCUGGGAUUGGCCGAAACACGUCUGUACCUGAACAUCCAGGGAGCACAGGUGGGGCUGGGAGCUCACCUGCAGACCACAGGGUGGAGGCGGAGCUACGAGGACACCGGAGGGAACUUGCUGUUCACGUCUUUAUGUCCGGAGACAGAUACAUCUCCAACCUCCACCAGCUUCUACUCAUCUAUCCACAAACCACCAGACGCCUCCAUAGACACCAUCAUCAGCCAACUGUCACCUGAAAACACCCACAGAACCACACCUGACCAAACCUCCAGUAGCUCCACCCAACCUCCAUCCAGGAGCUCAGAGACCACAGUCUCACAUCCAGAUGUUUCCUCAGAGACCACAGCUUCACAUCCAGAUGUUUCCUCACACAGCACAGCUUCACAUCCAGAUGUUUCCUCACACAGCACAGCUUCACAUCCAGAUGUUUCCUCAGAGACCACAGCUUCACAUCCAGAUGUUUCCUCAGAGACCACAGCCUCACAUCCAGAUGUUUCCUCACACAGCACAGCCUCACAUCCAGAUGUUUCCUCAGAGACCACAGUCUCACAUCCAGAUGUUUCCUCACACAGCACAGCUUCACAUCCAGAUGUUUCCUCACACAGCACAGCCUCACAUCCAGAUGUUUCCUCAGAGACCACAGCUUCACAUCUAGAUGUUUCCUCACACAGCACAGCUUCACAUCCAGAUGUUUCCUCAGAGACCACAGCUUCACAUCCAUAUGUUUCCUCAGAGACCACAGCUUCACAUCCAGAUGUUUCCUCACACAGCACAGCUUCACAUCCAGAUGUUUCCUCACACAGCACAGCUUCACAUCCAGAUGUUUCCUCAGAGACCACAGUCUCACAUCCAGAUGUUUCCUCACACAGCACAGCUUUACAUCCAGAUGUUUCCUCACACAGCACAGCUUCACAUCCAGAUGUUUCCUCACACAGCACAGCUUCACAUCCAAAUGUUUCCUCAGAAACCACAGCCUCACAUCCAGAUGUUUUCUCACACAGCACAGCCUCACAUCCAGAUGUUUCCUCAGAGACCACAGCUUCACAUCCAGAUGUUUCCUCAGAGACCACAGCUUCACAUCCACAUGUUUCCUCAGAGACCACAGCUUCACAUCCAGAUGUUUCCUCACACAGCACAGUCUCACAUCCAGAUGUUUCCUCACACAGCACAGCUUCACAUCCAGAUGUUUCCUCAGAGACCACAGCUUCACAUCCAGAUGUUUCCUCAGAGACCACAGCUUCACAUCCAAAUGUUUCCUCAGAGACCACAGCCUCACAUCCAGAUGUUUUCUCACACAGCACAGCUUCACAUCCAGAUGUUUCCUCAGAGACCACAGCUUCACAUCCAGAUGUUUCCUCACACAGCACAGCUUCACAUCCAGAUGUUUCCUCAGAGACCACAGCUUCACAUCCAGAUGUUUCCUCAGAGACCACAGCUUCACAUCCAGAUGUUUCCUCACACAGCACAGCUUCACAUCCAAAUGUUUCCUCAGAGACCACAGCUUCACAUCCAAAUGUUUCCUCAGAGACCACAGCCUCACAUCCAGAUGUUUCCUCAGAGACCACAGCUUCACAUCCAGAUGUUUCUUCACACAGCACAGCUUCACAUCCAGAUGUUUCUUCAGAGACCACAGCUUCACAUCCAGAUGUUUCCACUGCUGUCCCACAGCUGCCUGCUUUGACCAGUGUCUCAUCCCGUCCAGCUGUGUUUGUCUCAGAUCUUCUCAAGCCUGGAGCUUCAGCGCAGCCAGUCUUUAGAACGUCGUGGUUCCUGAUUGGACACCAGGCUGGAACUGCAGCUGAGACGCUGGUUUCUUCUGCAGCACCUCCAGCUGUUGGCAGCAGCUCCGUCUCACCCGCAGCAGGAGACCUGAUGAAGGCUCCGCCCACUGCUCCAGGCUCCGCCCUCAACCCAAACCGCUCAGUGACUGAAGAAGCUCCACCGACUCCAACAAAUGCAGCUGCUUUUAACUCUGCUGGAACCAUGACUGUUACCAUGACAACCACUGCCUUCAUAACUACCCCCAGGACCACCAUCACCAUGACAACAGCUACUAGUGCCACCACAGCACCCCAUACAGCAGCUGCACCAACCACCACACCUCCAGCUCCAGCUGUACAGCCCCCCGCUGCUCCUCGCUGCUCCGCCCAUCUGACGGAGAUCAGCAGCAGCUCCACCUCAGCUGUGGUCCGGCUAACAUCUGCUGGUGUCAACUGCAGCUUCAGCCUGGUGACCGAGGUGGACCCUACUGCCCCCCAGGUGGACCCUACUGCCCCCCAGGUGGACCCUACUGCCCCCCAGGUGGACCCUACUGCCCCCCAGGUAGACCCUGUUGCCCCCCAGGUGGACCCUGCUGCCCCCUGUGAGCCGGACGGAGACUCUGCCUCCAUCUGCAGGGUUGCUGGGCUAGAACCCGGCACUCUGUACCGGCUGACAGUGGUUUCCAGAAAGGAUAGCGUGAGGAGUAGUGGUUCACUGCAUACAGACCCGAUCGGUCCGGACCAUCUGGAGGUCCAGCCUGACCCGGUCCACAGCGGGUCCGGUCUGUGGGUGUCCUGGUCUCGGUCUGUGGGUCACGUGGAUCGGUAUGAUGUGAGUCUGGAGGACAGCAGCUCUGGAUCCGUCCUCAGAACCACGGUCAUGGACUCUGCUGCCCCCCAGUCCGGGUUCUUCUCUCUGACCCCCGGAACCCGGUACACCGUCAGCGUGGUGGCUUCCUCCGGAACCAAGACCUCCUCACCUGUCCAGACCAGUGCUGCUACAGCCCCAUCUACCGUGGACGGCCUGCAAGUGGCGUCCUUGUCCCCGGACGUCCUCUCCGUGUCUUGGCAGGCCGGUCCCGGCCGGGUGGAGAACUUUAGGGUUCUGCUGACGGAUCAGGAUGAGGUUCUGCUGAAGAACAUCACUCUGGAGAACAUGUCUUCAUCCGCUGAGCUGGACGGACUGCAGCCAGGAACACCGUACACCGUCACCGUGGUAACAGAGGCGGCCGGCCUGCAGAGCUCCGCUUCCACACAGGUCACCACAGCUCCAGCUCCGGUGUCGGGGCUGGUCCUGGACAGUGCAGGCAGCUCCGAUAUUCUACGGGCCUCCUGGGUCUCUCCUGCAGGGAGGCUGGACUCCUACCUAGUGGUCCUUUGGGCUCCGGGUUCGGCCCCCCAGCGGCACCGCCUUCAGCCCAACACCACCCAGGUGGAGUUUGAGGGUCUGACUCCUGGACGCAGCUACCAGCUGUCAGUCAGCAGCUCAGCUGGUGGGCGGAUCUCUGAGACCAGGACCCAGGGAAGGACAGUGCCCGCCCCAGUGUCAGGGCUCUUCCUGUCUGCUGACAGCAGAGAGCUACAGCUCAGCUGGACGCCCCCUGCAGGCGAUUGGGAGAGCUACAGCGUGGUUCUGAGGAACGGAUCGGAGGUUCUGGUGAAUCGGACCGUCGGUAAGCUGAGCAGACGCCACGUCUUCUCAGUCCUGGAUCUGGGUCUGCUGCCGGGUCGCCUGUACAAUGCCGAGGUGACGGUACACAGCGGCAUUCUGGGAAACAGGGCGGCCUGCAGUGCACGGAUUGCGCCACGUCCGGUGCAGCUGUCGGUCCGUCAGGCCGAUGAGACGUCACUGAGUGUGCUCUGGACCCAGCCGGCAGGACACUGGGACGGGUUCACGGCGCUGCUCAGACAGAUGGACCAGAUCCUGGACCAGAGGAACCUGACCUGGGAUGCCACGGGGGUCAGCUUCACCGGACUGACUGCCGGACGCUGCUACACCAUCAACGUGACGACCAGCAGUGGUGACCUGACCAGUUCAGCUUCGGUGACGGCGUGGACCAGUCCAUCGCAGGUCCGUGGGUUGCAGCUGUCCAACCUAGGCAGCACCGACAGCCUUCAGGCCCGGUGGGAACCCGCCUCCGGAGAUCUGGACUCCUACCAGGUUCUGCUGGUCCAUGACAGUAGCAUCAUCAAGAAUGAGAGCGUGACGGCCGACACCAGCAGUGUGAGCUUCCCGAGUCUGAGGCCCGGAGCCCUGUACCGGGUGGUGGUGACCACGGUCCGAACCGGACUCACUUCCAGACAGACAGUGGCAGAGGGACGCACUGUGCCAGCCGCGGUGGGCAACGUCAGGGCAAGUAACAACGGGCGGACGGAUUUCCUGAUCGUGUCGUGGCGUCCGGCUGCAGGUGAGGUGGACAGUUACCUGGUGACGCUGAGUGACGGCGAGCGGACGCUGCACACGCUCAGUGUGGCCGAGUCCAGCCCCAGCUGCGUGUUCAGUUCCCUGGUGUCCGGACGCAACUACAACAUCUGCAUCAGCAGCUGCAGCGGGCCACACCAGAACCACAGCUGCAUCCAGGAGAGGACGCAACCAGCGAAGGUCCAAAGUCCGACGGCGACCCACGCGGCCCGGGAUGACUACCUGAAGGUGUACUGGCGUCCCGCUGCAGGAGACCUGGACCGAUACCAGGUGUUCAUCAAACACAACAACAUGUUCCUGCAGAACCAGACGGUGUCCAAGAACCAGAGCGAGUGCGUGUUCACGGACCUGGUACCGGGUCGGCUCUACACGGUGCUGGUCAACACCUGGAGCGGAAAAUACGAAACCAGCACCUCCACCCACGGCCGGACCCUCCCGGCUCCGGUCCGGUCCCUGGUUCUGGCGGGUCGGGGCCCAGAGGACCUACGGGUUUCGUGGUCGGCGGCUCCAGGAGACGUGGAUCACUACGAGGUCCAGCUGCUGUUCAGCGACAUGAAGGUGUUUCCUCCCAUCACGCUGAGCGCUGCCGUGGACCACUGCCUCCUGACGUCUCUCACACCUGGACGGCUCUACAAAGUCCUGGUGUCCACGUUCAGCGGGCCAAACCAGCGGGCCCGGUUCAUUGAGGGACGCACAGUUCCCAGUAAAGUGAAGAACAUCCAGGUGAGUAACCAUGGCGACAGCAGCAGCCUGCAGGUGAACUGGACACCUGGACCAGGAGACGUGGACGGAUACUCGGUGUUCCUGUUCAGAAACGGUCGGCAGCUCAGCGUCAGAACCGUCCUAAAACACCAGAACCAGGUGACCUUCGGAUCGCUGCAGCCUGGACAGGUGUACGACGUGACGGUCCAAUCAGUGAGCGGAGACCUGCUGAACAACCACACGGAUACAGGACGCACAGUUCCGUCAGCAGUGACCAGGCUGCAGGUGGACCCUCUGCAGUCCACCUGCAGCCUCCAGGUGAGCUGGCAGGACGCUCUGGGUGUGGCCGACAGGUACGUUCUGCAGGUUCUGGACGACAGAGGCAUCCUGGUGACCAACGGCUCGCAGCCCUUCGGACAGACCUGGUACCGGUUCCAUGACCUGACACCGGGGAAGAAGUACCGGGUUCUGGUCCAGACCAGCAGCGGAGGGGUCCACAGCCCAGGGGUCAGCGCCGAGGCUCGGACACGCCCAGCAGCCAUCACCGACCUGAUCCUGAGGUCCAACAGCACCAAAAGCCUGCGCUUCACCUGGACUCCACCUGUUGGAGAGUUUCAGCUCUACGAACUCUACCUGUAUGGCGCCGAUGAUUCUCUGCAGGAGCGGCGCAGCCUUCAGCCCGGCAGCCUCCAGAGCAGCUUCCAGGGCCUACGACCCGGAGCCGCCUACAGGCUGGUAGUUCUGAUCCGCAGUGGAGACCAGACCAACCAGACCUCCAUGUGGGCCCGGACAGUACCGGCAGCUGUGGCGUCUCUGCAGCUCCACACUGGGAACCAGUCCGAUGUUCUGGUGGUGAACUGGGAUCGUGGUGGCGGUGAUCUGAGUGGAUACCUGCUGACGCUCUACAACCCCAACGGCUCCCAGCAGGCCGAGCAGCGACUGGGCCCCGAUGCCACAGAGUUCGUCUUCUCAGGCCUCGUACCGGGCCGACACUACCGAGCUGAGAUUCUCAGUCUGAGCCAGGAGCUCAGCAACUGGGCCGGCGCCGUGGGCCGAACUGCUCCCAGACCUCCCAGCUCCUUCCUGUUUGGCAGCGUCACCAACACCUCGGUGGAGGUCACCUGGUCCGGUCCAGUAGACUCCGACUAUGAUGAUUUUGAGCUGCGCUGGACUCCGGAAGACCGACUGUCUGUCAUCAACCCGUACCACAGCCGCACCGCCGGCAGCCGCAUCCUGAAGGGUUUGUUCCCCGGACGACGCUACACCUUUAGGCUGCGCACUGUCAGCGGGCCGCUGGGCGCCACCGAGGCUCCGCCCACCUACAGCACUGCCAUCUGGAGCAGCAUCCGCACCAAACCAGAGAGAGUCCAGAGCCUCCACUGCCGCCCUCAGAGCUCUACCUCCAUCUCCUGCUCUUGGGGGCCUCCAGAGGCCGACUAUGACUCCUACACCAUCGAGUGCCUCCAUCAGGACUCUCGGACCCUCGUCUACUCCAGACGCACCAACCGAGACUCCACCAGCUACGUCAUCACUCAGCUGGAGCCCCACAAACACUACACCAUCUCUGUGAAGGUGAUCUCCGACAGGACAACCAGUGAGGAGGCCACCGACAGCGUGAUCACCAUGAUCGACCGUCCUCCUCGGCCCCCCAUCAGUACCCGGGUCAGCGGUCUCGCUGUGGUGGUCGGCAGAACUUUCAUCUCCUUUAGCUUCAACUGCAGCUGGUUCAGUGAUGCCAACGGAGCGGUCAGGUUCUUCACUGUGGUGGUGGCCGAGUCUGAAGGUGUGGAGAACCUGCAGCCGGACCAGCACCACCCGCUGCCCUCCUACCUGGACUACAGGUCCAACAGCUCCAUCAGGACCUACCAGACCAGCUACUUCCCAAGUCGCUGCGCCGACAGCAAAGCCAACAGCUUCGACAUCGGUCUGGGAACAGGAAUGGACUCUCUGGGGGGGCCCUGUGACCAACUGGACCCGGAGUCCGGCACCGACCCGACCCCUUUCUGUGACGGUCCACUAAAGCCCAGAACCUCCUACAGGCUCAGCAUCCGAGCAUUCACUCAGCUAUUUGACGAAGAGACGAAGGACUCGAGCAACUCGUUUCCACUCUACACCGACACCUUCCUGUCUCUGCCCGUCGUCACAGACGCAGAACCUCUGAGUGGAGUCAUUGAAGGAAUCAGCGCCGGUUUGUUUCUCAUCAUCAUGAUGGUUGGAAUCACUGCUCUGCUGGUCUGCAGGUACCGGGCCCGCAAAGUGGUGCAGCAGAGUCCGUCCGUGAGGAUGAAUGUGAGGAGGGACAGAGGGACAGCAGGAGUCCAGCUGGGCAUCAGAGGCAGCCGUCGGAUCUCCAGUCCGAUCAAGAUCAGCAACUUUGAGAAUCACUACAGCAAACUGCAGGCCGACUCUCACUACCUGCUGUCAGAAGAGUACGAGGACCUGAAGGACGUUGGUCGUAACCAGCCUCUGGACACAGCUCUGCUGCCAGAGAACCGUGGGAAGAACCGCUACAACAACAUCCUGCCCUACGACUCGACCAGAGUGAAGCUGUCCUACGUGGAUGACGACCCCUGUUCAGACUACAUCAACGCCAGCUACAUUCCAGGGAACAACUUCCGUCGGGAGUACAUCGCUACACAGGGUCCUUUACCUGGAACCAAGGACGACUUCUGGAAGAUGGUUUGGGAGCAGAACGUCCACAACGUGGUGAUGGUCACUCAGUGUGUGGAGAAAGGCCGGGUGAAGUGUGAUCACUACUGGCCGUUCGACCAGGAACCAUUAUACUACGGAGAUUUGAUCGUCCAGAUGGUGUCAGAGUCAGUUCUACCCGAGUGGACCAUCCGAGAGUUCAGUAUCUGCAGCGAGGAGCAGCUGAGCUUCAGCCGUCUGGUUCGUCAGUUUCACUACACAGUUUGGCCCGAUCACGGAGUCCCAGAGACCACCCAGUCCUUGAUCCAGUUCGUCCGAACCGUCCGGGACUACGUCAACAGGAGUCCUGGAUCUGGACCCACUGUGGUCCACUGCAGUGCCGGCGUGGGCCGAACGGGGACCUUCAUCGUUCUGGAUCGGGUUCUGCAGCAGCUGGACAGUAAAGACGUUCUGGACAUCUACGGCGCCGUGUUCGACCUGCGACUGCACCGGUCACACAUGGUGCAGACUGAGGGCCAGUACUCAUACCUGCAUCAGUGCCUCCGUGACGUCAUCAGAGCCAGAAAACUUCACAGCGAACAAGAACACCUGAGAAUCUGAUCACAGGAGCUGCUGCUGCUGAGCCCCACAGAGACGCUGUUUAUUUUUCUAUCAGUUUAAAAAGAAGUUUUAUGAUAAUUUAUGUUCCUGUUUGUACAUUUUUAAAUUUAAUCGCUUCUGAUCCUGAUGAACACAUAUGAUAUGUGUAACAUGUAUGACAUGUGUGCAGAUAAUCUAACAUGUAUGAUAGGUGUACUACCACAGUACUCGUACUUCUGUGUAUGUGGCAAGAAGAAUUUCUACUGUAUGCGAGUCUCAUUAAAGUCACAGUAUGAGUAGAAAAUA